CCCCCUCCGCACCCCCGCUCCUUUCCCAGUUGGUUUGUCCCGCUACGGGCCUGGCGGGGCUUCGAUUGAGUUCGCUCCGUCUUUUGAGGAGAGGACCAUUACACAUCGCAGAAAAGGGGUGGGGGGGCGAGAAAGGGAAUGAGAUGAGAGAGAGAGAUUUAAAGAGACACGAACCCCAGCGAGCUCGCGAGGCUGACUGACUUGAGGGGGAACCGGAGGCGAAGAACACACCCCUCCGAGCCGGCCGCCCAGCAGCGGCACCCGCGCCCCUCGCCGCCGCCGCCAGGGCUUCCCUCUCUCUCUCUCUCUCUCUCUCUCCCCCUCGUCCCCGCUCCUCCUUCUCCCGUGAGGCCUCCAUGAGGUAGCGCGCGGCGGCGGCGGCGGGCAGCGAAGAUUCUCCUCAGCCCGCCUCUCUUUGCCCUCAUCUUUGUGGCGCUCUGCCUCCUCAGUGGCGUCGUCGGCGUCGGCGCUUUGUUCGGAGCAGCCGGGGGCGGGGCGGGGUUGAGGCGAAAGCGGCGGCGGCGGCGAGGAGGCGGCGAAGGAGGAGAAGAAGAGGCGCAGGAGGAGAGUGAAGAGGGAGGAAGAAGAGGAGGAAUCCGAGGAGGAGGAGGAGGAGGAGGAAGAGGAGCCGCUCCCCUCCCCCCCGCCUCACGCCGCCCGCUCCCCUCCCCCUCCGCGCACCGCCACCACUGCAGUCGGCGGGGGCGGCGGAGGCCGCGCAGCAGCCCUGAGGGGGGUGGCGGCCCGCAGUCGCCCCCCUCAGCGACGAAGGAGCCGGACUGAGGAGACCCCUCCUUCCCCUCCCUGUCGUCCCCACCACCCCGACAAUAUCCCUCCCUCCCGUCCCGGCUCCCCUUCCCGGUCUUCGCUCCCACCCAGCUCCGAUUUGGGAUUCCCCCGCCUCAACCUCCCCCCCUUCGUCUGCUGCUGCUGCUGCUGCUGCUUCUUCCUGCUCCUCCCGUAGCCUAGCAGAAGCCGUGCCGGCGGGGCGGGCGGAUUGAUGUGGGGGGGUCUGACAUGAGUCCGCCGGCCGCCGGGUGCUGCCAUGUGACCGGCUUCAAGGUGGAGAACUGGAAGCAGAACCUGAGGGUGAUCUACCAGUGCUUCGUGUGGAGCGGGUCGGCCGAGACCAGGAAGCGAAAGGCAAAGUCGUGCAUCUGUCAUAUGUGUGGUGCCCAUCUGAACAGACUUCAUUCUUGCCUGUACUGUGUUUUCUUUGGCUGUUUUACAAAGAAACACAUCCACGAGCACGCAAAGGCAAAGCGACACAACUUAGCCAUAGACCUUUUGUAUGGGGGUAUAUACUGCUUUAUGUGUCAAGAUUACAUAUACGACAAAGAUAUGGAACAAAUUGCCAAAGAAGAACAACGGAAGGCUUGGAAGCUACAAGCCUUCACCCCAACAAUGGUUUCUCACUACCAGUGUACAAUGACAGGUAUUGGAGAGAAGUAUUCAACGUGGGAGCCAACCAAACGAGAGUUAGAGCUGCUUCGACACAACCCCAAGCGGAGAAAAAUAACUACAAACUGCACCAUAGGUCUAAGAGGGCUAAUCAAUCUUGGGAACACAUGUUUUAUGAACUGUAUUGUCCAAGCACUUACCCACACUCCACUACUGCGAGAUUUCUUCCUCUCUGACAGACACAAAUGUGAAAUGCAAAGCCCCAGCUCAUGUCUGGUCUGUGAAAUGUCUACACUUUUUCAGGAGUUCUACUCUGGGCACCGAUCUCCUCACAUUCCAUAUAGGUUAUUGCACCUGGUAUGGACGCAUGCACGGCAUUUAGCAGGGUACGAGCAACAGGAUGCACACGAGUUCCUCAUUGCUGCGUUAGAUGUGCUACAUCGACACUGCAAAGGUGACGAUAAUGGGAAGAAAGCCAACAACCCCAACCACUGUAACUGCAUCAUAGACCAAAUUUUCACAGGUGGACUACAGUCCGAUGUCACUUGUCAAGUCUGCCAUGGUGUUUCCACGACGAUAGACCCAUUCUGGGACAUCAGUUUGGACUUGCCAGGUUCUUCUACCCCGUUUUGGCCUCUGAGCCCAGGCAGCGAUGGCAGUGUGGUGAAUGGGGAGAGCCACGUGUCAGGAACCACGACCCUCACAGACUGCUUGCGAAGGUUUACGAGGCCAGAACAUCUAGGAAGCAGUGCCAAAAUCAAAUGUAGUGGUUGCCAUAGCUACCAGGAAUCUACCAAACAACUCACUAUGAAGAAAUUACCCAUUGUGGCCUGUUUUCAUCUCAAACGGUUUGAACACUCAGCCAAACUGAGACGAAAGAUCACUACAUAUGUCUCCUUUCCGCUGGAGCUGGACAUGACGCCUUUCAUGGCCUCCAGUAAAGAGAGCAGAAUGAAUGGGCAGUACCAGCAGCCGGCAGAUAGUCUAAACAAUGAUAAUAAGUAUUCCUUGUUUGCAGUAGUUAAUCACCAAGGAACCCUGGAGAGCGGGCACUAUACCAGCUUCAUCCGGCAACACAAGGACCAGUGGUUCAAAUGUGACGACGCCAUCAUCACCAAGGCUAGCAUUAAGGAUGUACUAGACAGCGAAGGAUAUUUGCUGUUCUAUCACAAACAGUUCCUGGAGUACGAGUAGCCUUCUUCAGCAGCUCAAGAGAGAAAUGAAAGGAAGUGAAAUGAAUGGCAGCCUUCUGAAAAGACACACAAACCUACCUGAAAUGAAAAGACACCCAUUCGACAUCUAGCACUGAGCUGCGACAGGACCUGCUUGCCGCUGGCUCGUGGCCUAGAGGAGUAAGAAACGAACAAUGUCCAUCGUGUACGCAGUCCUGCAGGGACAGAAGAGGGGGGGAAUGUAAAAGAGGCUACAGUCAGUGACUUUGAAAGAAGAAAUAUAAUAACGCAAAGAUUGCUCUGGGUGGGGAAAAUAGGAGCAGAGGAAUCCAGGCGCUGGCACAUCUCCCUCCGUUCCUCCAAAAUGUGUGUGGGAAGGCCGGGGGGUGUACUCUCAUCUCCAUAAAGCAUCUUCUCCAUUGGUGCUUCAGCUCCAACUGACCAAUCAUACAACAGUUAUAAUUAAAAAAAAAAAAGUCCAAGCCCAUUUUUUUUAUGCCUAUGGGUCUGAAAGCAGUAAAAUGGAGGAGAAUUGGGACGACGCAAUGAUAUGGACUUUGCAAGUACCUUUUUAUUUGUGAAUUUUAGUUAUUAAAUAAAUACAGUAUGAAAUUA